AUGGACCCGACCAACCCGCCGAAGAAGCCCUGUAACAACUGUCGGCGACAACGGCUCCGGUGUGACCGUUCAUACCCGCACUGCAACAAAUGUACUGCCGCUGGAAAGGAAUGUCUUGGAUAUGGAAAACUGUUUCGCUGGACGGGCGCUGUCGCAAGCCGCGGCAAGCUUGCUGGGAGGACGUCGAGUGCUCCUGUAGACGCAGCUGUAAAGACUGCGGCUCGAGCAACAAGAGUGGCCGGAACGAAGGCUGAUGAUUUCUUCACGUCGAGCAACUCGCCUCCUGCUUUGUGUAGCGAUGCAGGGACUUCAGUGGAGAUGUCCAUGGCAGAAUAUGAGGGUGAUGUGCAACUGGUUUUAAGAUCACCAUCGCCAGAGACUGUUGUUACCAGUCCAUGGGCUCUGGCAGAUCCUCUGUAUCAGGAUAUGGAGUAUUCUCAUCGGUAUUACCUGUCGUAUUUCGCUGCGUCAGCGGCACACAUGUCGAAUUUGGUUCGUGCUCCGCUGGCGUAUCACCUGAAGGAGGUAGACGACAGGAUUACUGCGGGCAUUGAACAAGUAUCGCGUCGUGCACUACAGGAUGCGCUGGUCGCUAAAUCCAAGGCUUUAACCCUGAUGCGCGGUGCGGUGGAAAACAUCAACACAACUAGAGGCGAUGUUGUGCUUGCUGCCGCUCUUUUCUUCAUCAACGUCGAGUUGAUUGAGUCGGGGAAACACGGCUGGAAAGCUCACCUUGAGGGGGCUGGGAGAAUUAUGUCCUUGUUACAACCUGAUACUGUGGCGGAUACUGCGUUACGAGACUACAUACUGUCCGAUUGCUUCAUCUACUUCAUCCUGGCCUCUGCAUUCAUGCCUGCGGCCUCGUUCGACACCCAAUCCUACUUCCAGCCAUCUCAAAUUCCUUACAUACUUCAAAAAGCAGCAGCCAACAGCUACCUCUGCUGUCCUCCUGAAAUUCUCACCAUUCUACAUUCGGCUUCCCAAUUAUCCAACGUGUCUCCCGACAUCGCUUCCGAAGAAGACGUCAGGGCAGCAGGUCUAGCCCUCAUUCAGCAAGCUCAAGCCUUUGACAUCGAUGGGUGGGCCAACGAUGUUCGAAAUAUGUCUUAUCUACAGGAUGCACUGAUUCAAAGCAGAAUCCACGCAGGGUCAGCUCACCGCCUUGCAGCAUGUCUAUAUAUUUUGCAGGCGAUUCCAUCUAUGAGCAAAAUUAAGGAUCACGAUGACGUGGCCGAGGCUCUGAGUCGUGACAUAUUUAAGCAUCUGUCCAGCAUUCCUGACAACGAUCCAAACUUCAAGGCUACGACUUGGCCGACUUUUAUUGCAGGAGCUGAAGCUGGCGAUCACGAUAGGAGGGAAUGGGUCAUGGACAGAUUGCAACGACUUGUCAGAUCUUGCCCCUGGGGUUUUAUAUACACCGCCAUGGAGACGUUGCAAGUCAUUUGGGACCUGGACAAAAAGGGUCAAGGGACCAAGAGCUGGGUUCAGACGUUAAAGGACCCACAGAUGAACUUCCUUAUGGUAUGA